AGCUGUGCAAGAGUUAAGAAAACAGAAGAGGAAAUUCCUGUCAUCCAAGUAAUGGGUUGCCGCAUACUCGUCUUCUUCCUUGGGACUUUCUUCCUUGAUGGGCUUCUCCUCUCCAUGGCUGCUAACGUCCACCACUACAGCUUUAUUCUGAAGGAGACGAACUUUACAAGACUGUGUUUCACAAAGCCGAUGCUCACUGUAAAUGAGUCGUUCCCAGGUCCAACCAUUCAUGUUCGCAAAGGAGACACUGCUUUUGUUAAUGUUCUUAACAAUGGCAAAUAUGGUGUCACCAUUCACUGGCAUGGAGUGAAGCAACCGCGAAAUCCAUGGUCAGAUGGUCCGGAAAAUAUAACUCAGUGUCCAAUUCAACCAGGAAAGAAUUUCACUUAUGAGAUUAUAUUUUCAGAUGAAGAAGGCACACUAUGGUGGCAUGCACAUAGCGACUGGUCACGAGCCACAGUCCACGGCCACAUUGUUAUCUUACCUGAGAUAGGAAAGACCUAUCCAUUUCCCGAGCCUUACUCCCAACAAACAAUUUUUUUGGGAGAGUGGUUCGAUACAGACCUAAAGGAACUAAUUGAUGAAGCUACGGCUACCGGAAGUGACCCUGACCCGUCCACUGGAUUCACCAUCAAUGGCUGGCCAGGAGCCUUAUACAAUUGCUCCAAUGAAACUAUAUACACUCUUGGUGUUAAAUACGGCAAAACCUAUCUUCUUCGGUUAGUGAACGGGGUUAUGAACGAGGAAAUGUUCUUUGGAAUUGCCGGACAUAACAUCACCGUGGUGGCACAAGACGCAUCAUACAUAAAGCCGAUAGUCACAAGCUACAUAAUGAUAACUCCUGGCCAAACUAUGGACAUUCUACUAACGGCAAACCAGACCCCAAGUUACUAUUACAUGGCUGCCAGCCCAUUCUUCGACUCAGGCGCUCCUUUCGACAACACCACCACCACGGCCAUCCUCCGUUACACGAACGUAACUUCCGCCCCAUCGACUAUUCCAAUGCCGUCACUUCCCUUUGUCACAGACAAAGAAGGUGCAGACAACUUCACGACCCAGUUAAGGGCCUUGGCAAGCAAGAAGCAUCCGAUCAGUGUUCCCAAAAAUAUUACCGAAAGAAUCCUAAUCACUGUCUCUGUGAACCAACUACCUUGUGAGGCUAAUGUGACAUGCGGGGGUCCUAAUGGUAACAGGCUGGCUGCUAGCUUGAACAAUAUCAGCUUCACCACCCCCACUACUGAUAUACUGCAAGCAUACUACAGGAACUUAAAUGGUGUCUACAAAGAUGAUUUCCCAAAUCAACCGCCGGUGUAUUUCAACUUCACCGGAGUUGAUACAGAUGUGUAUCUAUUACCGGACGUAGGGACAAAGGUGAAGGUGAUCGAGUACGGGGCAUCAGUUGAAAUAGUGUACCAAGGGACCAAUGUCGGGAAUGCAGAGAACCAUCCAAUGCAUUUGCAUGGUUACAGCUUCUAUGUGGUCGGGUCAGCUUACGGCAACUGGAAUAAGACCACUUCUCCGGCCACUUACAACUUGGUCGAUCCACCGCUUGUCAACACUGUUGGAGUUCCCAAGAAUGGAUGGGCUGCCAUUCGAUUCGUUGCUAACAAUCCCGGAGUGUGGUUUAUGCAUUGUCAUUUAGAACGCCACACUAGUUGGGGCAUGAAUUCUGUGGUUAUUGUCAAGAAUGGACGUACUACUCAAACUAGCAUUCGACGACCUCCUCCAAACUUGCCGAUUUGUGUUUAGUGUUUGAAUGAUAUUCAUUCAGACUCGUAUAUCUGUACUUUUAGUUAUUAUGUUUAAUAGAAUAUCAUUGUGUUGAAUAAAUGAGUGUAUGUAAAUGAAUUGCCAUGUGAAAAUAACAUAUGGGCAUCAUUUAAAAGAAAAGAAUUGUGAAUUGCAAUAUUGUUCGAAGCUCACAAAAGCUUUCAUUAUCC